GCAGCGAACGGCCACACCGUCGCGUUCGUCCUCAAGGCGCUCGGCCUCUCCUACGAGACCAAGUGGCUCGACUUCUCCAAGGGCGAGCAGAAGAGCGCUGAGUUCCUCGCUCUCUGCGAGAACGGAAGGAUACCCUUGCUCGUCGACCACGAGAACAAGGACUUCAAGGUCUGGGAGUCCAAGGCGUGCAUGCUUUACCUCGUUGCCAAGUACGACAAGGACAACACGCUCGGCGUCGGUUCGUCGCCGGAGGAGCAGGCACUCCUUUCGCAGUGGCUGUUUUUCCAGGCGUCGGGCCAGGGCCCGUACUUUGGCCAGGCCGCUCACUUCAAGAUGUUCGCGCCGGAGAAGAUCCCUUACGGCAUCGAGCGCUACUCGAAGGAGGUCGAGCGCGUCUUUGGCGUCCUCGAGUCGGUCCUCUCGAAGCAGGAGUACCUCUGCUCGAACAAGCUCACGAUCGCCGACCUCUCUUUCGUCACCUGGUACGUCGAGCUUUCGCCAGGCGUCCUGCGCGACCGAUCCUGA